GAAGUGGUCGAAUGUUCUGGAAGAUUUGAUAUUCUGUCCAUCGAAGGUUCUCGAAUAUCAAAAAAAUCAAGUACUUAAGACCAUCGCGAUAAACGCGUCGUUGCUGUAGGCAUUCCCCAUCUUUUCCCCCAUAGAUCUUUCUUUCAUCCUCCAUCACCUCAAUCAGUACAAAUGGCAACCGAGAGCUUUGGAUUCCAAGCUGAAAUCAGUCAACUCCUUGACUUGAUUAUCAAUACUUUCUACUCGAAUAAGGAGAUCUUCCUUCGGGAGUUGAUCUCCAACGGCUCUGAUGCCCUCGACAAAAUUCGUUACGCCUCCUUAACCGAUCCUUCCGACAAGGAGAACAAGCUCCUCACUCUUCGUGACACUGGUGUUGGUAUGACCAAGGCUGACUUGGUCAACAACCUUGGUACAAUCGCCAAGUCUGGCACAAAGGGUUUCAUGGAGGCUCUCAGCUCCGGUGCCGACAUUUCUAUGAUCGGUCAAUUCGGUGUCGGUUUCUACUCCGCUUACCUCGUCGCCGAGCGUGUCCAGGUCAUCUCAAAACACAAUGAUGAUGAGCAGUACAUCUGGGAGUCUGCUGCAGGUGGUACUUUCACUAUCACCCCUGAUACCGUAAACCCCCCUCUCGGACGCGGUACCGAGAUCCGCCUUUACCUCAAGGAGGAUCAGACCGAGUACCUCGAGGAGAAGAAGAUCAAGGAAAUCGUCAAGAAGCACUCCGAGUUUAUCUCAUACCCCAUUCAGCUCGCUGUGACCAAGGAGAUCGAGAAGGAAGUUGAAGACGAAGAGGAGGAGGAAUUGAAGGAAGAGAAAGAGGAGUCCAAGAUCGAGGAGGUCGAGGACGAAGAAGACAAGCCAAAGGAAAAGAAGACUAAGAAGAUCAAGGAGCUUGAGACCACCAACGAGGAGCUCAACAAGACAAAACCUAUCUGGACGCGUAACCCUCAGGAGAUUACUGCAGAUGAGUACGGCGCCUUCUACAAGUCGCUCACCAACGACUGGGAGGAGCACCUUGCUGUCAAGCACUUCUCUGUUGAGGGUCAGCUUGAAUUCAAGGCGAUCUUGUAUAUCCCCAAGCGCGCGCCCUUCGAUCUCUUCGAGACCAAGAAGAAGCGCAACAACAUCAAGCUCUAUGUCCGCCGCGUUUUCAUCAUGGACGACUGCGAGGACCUCAUUCCUGAGUACCUCAACUUCGUCAAGGGUAUUGUCGACUCGGAGGACCUCCCUCUGAACAUCUCCCGUGAAACCCUCCAACAAAACAAGAUUCUCAAGGUCAUCCGCAAGAACAUCGUAAAGAAGUGCAUGGAUCUCUUCACCGAGAUCGCGGAGGACAAGGACAACUUCAACAAGUUCUACGAGUCUUUCGGCAAGAACUUGAAGCUUGGUAUUCACGAAGACGCCCAGAACCGCAGCAAGCUCGCUGAGUUCCUCCGCUUCUUCUCUACCAAGGCGCUCGAGGAGCAGACUUCGCUCAAGGAUUACAUCACGCGUAUGCCCGAGGUCCAGAAGUCGAUCUACUACUUGACUGGUGAAUCCCUGGGUGCUGUCCGCGACUCGCCGUUCCUUGAAGUGCUCAAGAAGAAGGGCUUCGAGGUCCUCCUUCUUGUUGACCCCAUCGAUGAGUACGCCGUUACGCAACUCAAGGAGUUCGAGGGCAAGAAGCUCGUCUGUGUCUCGAAAGAAGGCCUUGAACUUGAGGAGACUGAGGAGGAGAAAAAGACACGCGAAGAAGAGGCUGCUCAGUUCAACGACCUCUGCCAAACCAUCAAGGAAGCUCUCGGUGACAAAGUCGAGAAGGUUGUUGUCUCCAACCGUAUCACCGACUCCCCAUGUGUUCUCGUUACCGGCCAGUUCGGUUGGUCAUCGAACAUGGAGCGUAUCAUGAAGGCACAGGCUCUCCGUGACUCCUCCAUGUCAUCAUACAUGGCGUCCAAGAAGACGCUUGAGCUCAACCCUUCUAAUGCCAUCAUCAAGGAACUCAAGCGCAAGGUCGCUGAGGACAAGGCUGACAAGUCUGUCCGCGACCUCACCUUCCUCCUGUUCGAGACUGCUCUGCUCACGUCUGGGUUCUCACUUGACGACCCCACGUCAUUUGCCAAGCGCAUCAACCGUAUGAUCAGCUUGGGUCUUGACGUCGAUGAGGAAGAGGAAGAGUCGGCACCCGCUGAGAGCUCGAGUGCACCUCCGCCAUUGGAGGCUGUGUCGACAUCGGCGAUGGAGGAGAUUGACUAGACGAUUGUAUCUUCUGUACUUUAGCUUGCAUCAUAUCAUGGU